UACGAAAGGAUACUGUGGCGUGAAAAUUCACUUUUUUAAUUAUUUGAUCUCUGCAUGUUUUUGAAUUGAUUGAAAAGUGCCUCGACAUUCGACGCGCGCAAGCGCAAUAUAAGUUGAUGUUGCCAUCUUGACGGAGAAAAUUGAGGAAAUCGACACUUUUUUGACAGCGCAGAAAAUAUUAAAAAACCUCACAGAUGUAGAAAGUUAUUCCAAAGAAUUAAAGAAUACAGUUUUAAAACUUUAAAAUGCAGUCCAGACCAAGGAUGAGUGGAGACAGGGCCAUGCCCCCUCUGUUGUUCCCGGGGACUAAUCCCAGCCUCCCCUCCCACAUACCAAUACAAAUGGCAGCAGCCCCGGCCCAAGGAUACGCCUCAUCGAUCGUCUCAACUGGACCGUUUCCAACUCCAGUCAUCCAGAACUCAGGAUGCCGGGUCUCCAUCCCCCAGAGUCUCACCAGUCAGCCAAGUCAGAAUGUGUUCCCUCUCUCCCCCCACACGCUCGGGGGACAGGUUAACCAGACAGUGUUUCCAGCACCACUUGGAAGUCAGGCCUGUGGAUCUAGUGGGGUUUACCCCACCUCUGUGGGGAGUCGGCUUACUCAUGCCACAGUGUUCCCCACCCUGGGGAGUGGGGGAGGAAUUCGCCAGCCUGUCCCCACUCACUACUACGCCCCAGGAAACAGCACUCCACACCUAACUGUUCCAAUGAACCAUAAUCUACUUCACAUGUCUGGUGGAGGUAUUCCUCAGAGCCCAGUUUUAGCCUACCCAGGUACCCCAUUUGUCAUCAGCGGAGGGCAGAGUCCGGGAAUGCCUGGGACCUCCCAUGCCUCUGGCCACAUUCAGCUCCUUCCCCGGCCCCCCGGUACCCCCAGCCCUGCUACCCCUCACAUGCUGAGCCCUGUUAGCCCCAGUAUGCCUAAAGUUGUGGGACAUAUUCCCAUCACCAACACUAGUCCAGGAAAUCUUAAUGGCAAUAGUGGUGCUGUUAGUCCUUGUGGAAACUUUCCCAUGUCUAUGCCAGGGGGAUUGAUCCUAUGUUCACCUAUAGGAGCCAGUACCUUAUCAAUGAAAAGUACAGGCACACCAAACUCCUCCCAGAAUUCAAUGCAAACAGAACCUGAAGAGGUCAGAGGUCAGGAAGAGGAGAAGGCCCCUGACAACAUGUCAAUGAAGCCUGCUGAGGAGACAAAGACUGAAACAAUUCCUGAAGAUAAAACUUCAAGUCAGGAUAAUGUCAAAGGCUGUGAAGAGACAGAGAAGCAAGCUGAGAAAGAGAAAACAGUGCACUUCAGAAGAAUGGGCAUGGGAAGCUUUAAUGAAGAUGGGGUUCCAGUAGAGUAUGAUGAUUCAGACUUUGUUUGGGAGGAAUAUUUAGAAGAAACAGGUUCAAUAGCUGUUCCUAAUGAAGCCUUCAAACAUGUUGAGUACAGCUUAGAGAGUGGCUUUGUGAAGGGCAUGAAACUAGAGGUGCCAAAUAAAUGUAACAUUGGGACGUACUGGGUGACCUCUGUGAUCAUGACCUGUGGCCCCCUGCUGAGGUUACGGUUCGAUGGCUACGAGGAGGAUUCCUCCGCUGACUUUUGGUGUGACUUGAUAUCCUCAGAAAUUCACCCAAUCGGAUGGUGUGCUCAAAACAACCAAGUACUGCAGCCCCCAGAAGCUAUUAAGGAUAAGUUUGAUGAUUGGAGGGAAUUCUUGGUGAAGUCAUUGACAGGGGCCAGAACUGCACCCUCAUUUCUACUGGAUAAGUCCACAGGUACAACCCCAGUAGACCAGCUGAAGCGAGGCAUGAGGCUAGAGCUUCAGCAUGCAAUCAACCCCACAGAUAUAUGGCUGGUGAAAAUAAUAGAGAAUGUAGGAGGGCGGCUAUACCUGAGACUGGAGGGGGCUGAACCUGGCUCUAAUGAUUUCUGGCUCUUCUACCUGAACCACCGGCUACAUCCGAUUGGCUGGGCAAAGACUAACGGCUACAAGUACAGCCCCCCACAAGAAUUAAUUAUGCAAUUUCAAGAGGCAGUAGACUGGAUGAGUGUUUUGGAGAAUGCUCUGAAAGAAUCUGAGAAAAUGAUGCUGCCAUUAGCUAUAUUUAAGGACCAGGAGGAUAUACUUCCUCACCGGUUUAAGAGAGGCUGGAAACUAGAGGCCCUGAAUCCUCUGUCAACCAAUCAGAUCUGUCCAGCCACUGUGAUCAAGGUGUUAGACUCACGCUACUUUGUAGUAGAAAUUGACAGUCUGAGGGAAGACUCAUAUCCAAUCAGAUUCUCCUGUCACUCAAGGUCAAGGUUCAUCUUUCCAUGUGGGUGGUGCCAAAAACAUGAUGUCAGCAUUACACCUCCAAAAGGCUGGAACACAAAAGAAUUUUCCUGGCAAGAGUACUUGAGUUUCUGCAAUGCAGAACCAGCUCCAGAAUUUGUCUUGCCUCAAGAUAAAAACCUUUUUGAGAAAGGAAUGAAGCUUGAAGCAGUCAAUCCUGAAAAUCCUAAUCAGAUCUGUGCUGCCACGGUGACAAAGGUCGUGACCCCUCUAGUCUGGAUUCACCUUGACAACCACAGGAAGUCAGUAGAGAGCCAUAUUGAACACAUGUUUUCACAUAACUUGUUUCCUGUGGGAUGGUGUGCCAGUAAUGGCUACCCAGUACAGCCCCCAAGGAAAUUAAGUAAGGCUGGAAGACCACCCAGUACAGUGGCUGAGAAGAAGCCAGUCAGUUUGACAGAUGAGGCUUAUUCACAGAUGCAGCAAAAUGAAGAAAAUUCCUGGUGUCCAAAGAUUUACUACAACCAUAAGUGUUUCUCUGGCCCCUACCUCAGCAAGGGGAGAAUAGCCUCCCUCCCUAAGUGUGUGGGGCCGGGACCUGUAGGUCUAGUCAUGAAGGAGGUCCUAUCCAAUCUCAUCAAUGUGGCAUACAAGUCCUUCAGGGUACUAAAAGAGCUACAGGUUGAAGGGAAAUCCAACCCAAGAAUGCAGCAACAGACAAUUAAAGCCAAAUACAAGGGGAAAAGUUACCGAGCUGCAGUGGAGAUUUGUCGUGACGUAAAUGAGUUGGAUGACUUUUGUCGUCACAUCUGUAAGAAGCUGGAGUGCUGUCCCAAUCUCAUAAGUCCCCGUCAUCAUGACGAAAAAUGUCCCGAAAACUGUGAUCAACUCAACAAGACAAAGUAUACUCAAUAUUUUGGAAAGAAAAUUCCUGGAAAAGUGGGUCGUCCCCCUGGUGGUCACAGUAACUUAGAAAACGGUCCAAAGAAACCUGGGAAGCGUGGCCGCAAGAGGAAAAAGCUGAACAUUCUAGACGAGCGUGGGGAUAACAUUGAACGGGAGGAGAACAGUGAGGAGGACAGGGAGAGUGUGAUAAGUGACACACAGACAGUGGCAAGUAACGACUCUAAUGACAAUGACAGUAAAAAAUUCAAACGGAAGUACACCCACCACAUUCCUCCUCCCUCAGACAUCAAAACUCGGGGGGCAAAGCUUCCUAAGUACAGCUUUGAGAGGAAGACCCACAAGAAGAUUCUGAUUCCGUCCUCUAUGAUGUCAGAGGGUUCCAGCAGAUUAGCUGCCAAACACCACAGUGCUGUCACACAUAAACCUGUUCACACUACUUCUCCUGAGAAGAAGACGAUACCAGACAGACUACACUUGACCACUAACCCUCUCAAGUGGUCAGUGAACGAGGUGGUCAAAUUUCUGAAGACCACAGACUGUGCCAACCUUGCCAGGAUUUGUAAAGAACAGGACAUAGAUGGGCAGGCAUUGUUGUUACUGACCCUACCAGCAGUCCAGGAGUACAUGGACCUGAAGCUAGGACCGGCCGUCAAGUUCUGUCACCAGAUAGAGAGAGUCAAACUGGCCUUCUUCACUCAGUAUGCCAAAUAAUCACUUCUCAAAAUGUGCUAAAACAUCUGAUAUAUACUCAUCUUCAAGGUUGUCUCUUUUUCCAUGGAUGCCAUUAGUGAAAUAUGAAAGCUUAUAUUAUUAAUAGAAUGGUUUUUAGAGGAUAUAUACAAAUGUUUGUAUUCAUCAUACAUGUAUGUAGCUUUUGGAUCAGUUCUUAAAAUUGAUCCUACAACUGACAGCAUGCAUACAUGUAAAUAAGUAUUUUGUAGCCUAAAUACAAACUUGUAUAAUGAUUUUCUUGUUGUGUAUUUGUGGGCAAGAUUUACUUUUAAAUCUGUACAUUGUGAAAUCCAUUUUCAAAAAAUAUAAACAAUUUAAGUUUUCUAUUCGAUGUUACACUCAAUAAUUUUAGCUGUUAUCAUUGUACUUCUGAAACCAAACUUUUUGUACAAAAAAUUGUUAAUGCAUACUUUUAGCUGUAUAGCAUUCCAAAUUUCAUAUAUAACUUGACCAGAAAAAAAGAUAAUGAACUUAGUAAUGAAAAUAACGUAUACACAUAUGAUUUCAUUGGUACAGAAAAGUUUAAACAUUCAUGUGAGUCUCUUCUUCUUCUUUGUGAUGUUAUUACCCAUAGAAUGGCAGCAUUGUUGCAAAUGUCGAGAAAUAUUUUAAUACGUUAAUUCUAAUAAGUUCAUUUACAUCAACCUGACAGUAUGCAUUUUGAAAGAUGUCUACAAAAUUGCAAAUUGAUGCAUCCAUUGAAUAGCAGUUCUCUGUUUUUGAAACAGGCAGUUGGAUUCACAAUUUAGGUGUGUGUUAUAUAGGUAGAAUGAAUAUAGACUUAGUUAACAUGUUACAACAUGAUAGGAAUUGGAAAAUUCCUUCUAUUUUAAUAAGGUGCUAUAAAAGCAGUGCAUUAUUUUUAGUGUUCAUUAUUCAGUUGUAAAUACAUUGUAUACUGUUGAGUUUUAGUGACUUUGUGAUCUUUGUUAUUCAUUACAUUUAAGUUUUUCAUCUUAAAACAUGAUUUCUUAAGACGUCUUGUUCCAGUUGUUAAUUUUUGUUUGCAAUCAUGUUUAGGAUUUUUGUCCUUUUAAGGAAUAAA